UUGGAACUGUGAUUGAACUGGCAGUGAGCCAAAAUCCUCAUUCCAAAGAGUGGAAGACCAGUCAAUGAAUUAUGAAUGUUAAACAAGAUGACCUCCUCUCAGCAGCAGCAGAUGAUGCGAGGUCCUAGGUGGAACCGGGCCUUGUCCGACCCUUUGUUUGUGCUGCUUCUGGCCCUCCAGCUGCUGGUGGUGGCAGGGCUGGUACGUGCUCAGACGUGCCCCUCUGUCUGCUCCUGUAGUAACCAGUUCAGCAAAGUCAUCUGCACACGACGAGGCCUGCGGGAUGUCCCUGACGGCAUCUCAACCAACACGCGCUACCUGAAUCUGCAAGAAAAUCUCAUCCAGGUCAUAAAGGUGGACAGCUUCAAGCACCUGAGACAUCUGGAGAUCCUGCAGCUAAGCAAAAACCACAUACGCAAAAUUGAGCUUGGGGCCUUCAAUGGACUGGCCAGCCUCAAUACCUUGGAGCUUUUUGAUAACCGCCUCACCACUAUCCCAAACGGGGCUUUCGAAUACCUGUCCAAACUAAAGGAGCUUUGGCUGAGGAAUAAUCCCAUAGAGAGCAUUCCCUCCUAUGCUUUCAACAGAGUGCCCUCAUUACGGCGGUUGGACCUUGGAGAGCUCAAACGGCUCUCCUACAUAUCUGAGGGGGCUUUUGAAGGGCUGAGCAAUCUACGCUACUUAAAUCUGGGAAUGUGCAAUCUGAAGGAAAUUCCCAACCUUAUUCCCCUGGUGAAGCUGGAUGAACUGGAGAUGUCGGGGAACCAGCUAACAGUCAUCCGACCUGGCUCUUUUAAAGGGCUCAUCCAUUUGCAGAAGCUAUGGAUGAUGCAUGCCCAAAUCCAGACCAUAGAGAGGAACUCUUUUGACGACUUGCAGUCACUAGUGGAGCUCAAUCUAGCCCAUAACAACCUUACCCUCUUGCCCCAUGAUCUCUUCACUCCUUUGCAUCACCUGGAGAGGGUGCACUUGCACCACAACCCGUGGAAUUGUAACUGUGACAUCCUGUGGCUAAGCUGGUGGCUAAAGGAGAUGGUACCAGCAAACACCAGCUGCUGUGCCCGCUGCAGCUCACCAACCCACCACAAGGGACGAUACAUUGGCGAGCUGGACCAGAACUACUUUCACUGUUAUGCUCCUGUUAUUGUGGAGCCUCCCGCAGACCUAAAUGUGACAGAGGGAAGUGCUGCAGAGUUGAAAUGCAGAGCCAGCUCCUUGACCUCGGUAAGCUGGAUUACACCCAAUGGUUCCAUCAUGACACACGGUGCUUACAAGGUCAGAAUCUCUGUGCUGAAUGAUGGCACUCUGAACUUCACUAAUGUUACCAUGCAGGACACAGGCACAUACACAUGUAUGGUCAGUAAUUCUGCAGGUAACACAACAGCAUCUGCCACUCUCAAUGUGUCCUCUACGGAGAACAGCAGCUUCAGCUACUUCACCACAGUGACUGUGGAAACCAUAGAAACGCCGCAUAAUGAAGGCUUCACCACCGCCGUGCAACAGAAGGUGGGCCCCACCCCAUCUGCUGGUACGUGGGAGUCUGUUUCACCCACGUCUACAACUACCACCACAGUCCGGACCCCGGUCUCCACCCGCGCAACAGAGAAGACUUACACAAUCCCCGUCACGGAGCUAGGUGGGGAGGGCUCGCUGAACGGCUUGGACGAGGUAAUGAAGACGACCAAGAUCAUCAUUGGCUGCUUUGUUGCAAUCACACUCAUGGCAGCAGUUAUGCUGAUCAUCUUCUACAAGAUGCGCAAGCAGCACCACCAGCAGAACCACCACGCACCCACACGCACCAUUGAGAUCAUCAAUGUGGACGAGGACUGUGUAACAGGAGGCCCGGGCAUGGAGGGCCACCUGACCCUGCCUCCUCUUGAGCACGAGCACCUCAACCACUAUAACACCUACAAGACUGCAUACAAUCAUGCCUCCACUAUCAACUCCAUACACAGCUCAGCGCACGAACCUUUGUUAAUCCGGGCCAGCUCAAAAGACAAUGUACAAGAGACCCAAAUCUAAUACUUUUUUUUCAA